CUCAUGGCAAGUGACUCAUGUGUAUUUUGCGGUGUUCUGUCGGAAAACAAAGAAGAUAAAAUUCUAUGGCAGAAUGAAACCUUGGCUAUCAUUGCUGAUCAUAAACCGGCGGCUAAACAUCAUUUUCUGGUUAUUACAAAAAGACAUAUUACAGAUGUAAGAAGCCUGAAUUAUAAAGAGAAAGAGGAAGAUCGUAUUUUGAUUGAGGAAAUGCUGACUCACGCAAAGACGUUUUUGAGCUCUCAAGAUCCAGCGACUCAAGACAACAAUUUUGGAGACGUUCUGUUUGGCUUCCAUUACCCGCCUUUCAUUCUGGUCAAACAUCUGCACAUGCACGUGAUCUAUCCAGCGUCACAGAUGGGUUUUAUUCAGAGGAAUUUGUUCAGACAAAAUUCCUACUGGUUCAAACACCCGGAGUACAUACUGGGUUUGCAAUAGAAGACGAGGAGCUACGAUUUUUUUGCACUGAAAUUCACUUGUUUCAACUUUAUCGAUGUCAAGUAUUUUGGAAGCGGUAUAUCAAGUCUUUUAUAUUGUAAGC